CUAACCUUUUUUCCCCCACCAACAGGGCGGGAAAACCCUGGACGCGAACCGCUAUGCCACCAAGAAGACGGUCGCGCAGGGCAUGCUCGACAUCGCCCUCCUCACGGCCAACGCCUCGCAGCUCAAGUACGUCCUCAGGAUCGGCGACAAGCACGAGUUCUACAGCCUCAUGCUCGGCCUCAUCAUCACGUCGCUGGUGCUGCAGGUCCUGGUGGGCGUGCUGUUCCUCAUAAUUGGCGGGAUGGACAUUAACGACCCGAAACAGCACACGGUCGCGGACAUCCUAAACAACGUUAUCCUCCUCUUCGUGUUUCUGAUCUCCGUGGACAAUGUGGUGCUCUCUUCCUUCGGGCUCGAGCAGAUGAACAUUCACCCGCCGGGAACACCCAUUAAUGGCACGAAGAACAAGGAACUUUAAGGGAUCUUGGUGUUUGCUUUUUGGGGGGCGGUGUUCGGUCCUUGUUUCAGAGACUUUUUAUUGUUUUUAUAAAGGGAAUGAGUACGUAUUCACGCCCAAGCUUGUUAGGUCUGGUUAGGUAGAUGGUUCCUGGCGUCUUAAAUGUUUUUUUUUCUGACCUGCAUGUUUUAUGAUGUGACAACCUCAGCUUUGUAUACUACCAGGAAGUAUAGAUACAUAACGAUGGCGUUAAGAUAUUCAGCAUGCUUGAUUUUCUCUCUUCAUUGGACCUGAAAUCAUCCCGCGAAAGAAGAAACAAAGAUAAUUCUCCGUUGCGAAAUACCCAAGCAAACACACACACACCUGAAUACCCAAGAUCCCACAAAACUUCAAAACGCCGGGAGCUCUCUUUUGGCGCACACGAACUCCAACAAGGUUCUGCUAUUACAGUACAUACACUCGAGGUCUCUAAAAGUACCUUGCACACACUGACCAUCAAACCACGGCUAUCUUACAGCCUCCUAAACCUUGUUCCUCUGUGAUCCUGGCCCGUGCCUCUCUCCCUAUAGGUAAAUUUAUACCGCGUGUCAGUGUACAGGAUAUCUUAUAUUACACGGCAUGCGAAACCUUUAAGGAAAAAAUAUAUAUGUACUUUAAGUGGUGUUGGGACCUAUCUUUCAUAAGCAGUUCAGUCAGUCGUAGUUCUUUCUUCGAUAUACUGUCUGUACGAUCGACAGUGAAUGUGGAAAUUCCUCUAAUUUUUUAUGGUAGACUUUCUUGUUCCAAAAUCGGCACUUCAGCAACUGCAUGGCGACCCUGAAGUGAAACGCACGGUGGUAGUUCAUGCAUUUCCUGAAGACAGCGUGAAAGAUUGAUAUUAGUCGAAAUUGCACGGAUUUCUUAGAAAGUAGAAAUGUUGCUUUAAAAGUAAUUUAAUGGUGGAUUUUUGAAGAUGAUUUAACUUUAGAUUGGCACUUUCCACGUAUCGUAGAAAGUUUCGAAUUAAGGAAUAUUAUUUUGUGACCAGAAUAUAUAUAAAUAAUACAUAUUAAAAUAUCCUGAAAACGCAAGUAUGACACUUCAAAUUUGUACGAGUAAGCAAUAUAUAAGCUGUAUGUGGUUUGUAAAUAGAUACUAAGAAUCUCAUCUUUAUUGUCAAUGUCAGAAUUUAAAAGAAAACUAUUUUAAAGACGAGCAAUACCUUUUAUUAGCAAUAUAUAAAUGUGAAGAAGAAAGAAAAAAAUAAACGAAAGUACAGUACCUAUAGAUGGCGCGUUUUUUAAUUCAAGUAGUAUGGAGUUGAACAUUGUUACGUGCUGUUUUAGGUCUCCUGUUCGCAUUCUGUUAGGUACAUUUCCUCAGGCGGUUCAAGAUCCCCUUUCUGACGCAACGGGGUUCACAGAGCUCGAUUGCUAAAACAAAUAUAUGUGUAUCUUUGGCUUCCGUCAGCAUUUCUCCGUUUCUUCAUGUGUGCUGGUUCUCGAGUCCAAUCUUCUUUUUACCUCUUUGCAUUGUAUGGCCUAAGGAGCUAUUAGUAAUUGUUCAUAACAAUAGAUUAUUACACGAAUAAUUUCCUUGGAUUAUUAUGAAAUUUGAAUUGCGUGACAAUCAAGGUGUAAAAAAAAUAAAAUGAAUGUUCUCUUUCCAAACAUUUUUAACCGUGUGAGUUCGAGAGAGCGAGACAAUACUUUCAGCUUAAAAAAAUUACGUGGAGCAAAAUAGUAAUUGUAGCGAAGCUGUGACGAGACUAAUGGAAUAGCCGAGUUACAGGUGAUGAAAUUAUCGAAAUUAUGCUUUGCCUCGAAGGACGGCAUCGUGAUGGAAAUAACACACGUUAAAAAAUAUACAUAAAUAUUAAUAAUAUUUUGAUGCUUAGCUUUGUCGCUGUGUUUUGUCAACUUGAUCUUUACGAUUCCCAGGACUUAGAAAGAUCGUUCAGAAUUGCUUGCAUAUAUUCUAGUAAGUUUUUAUUCGAGUUACGCUCCCACAACAAUCAUGUGAACAGGACUGUCCCAAGUCCCAGAUUCAAUAUUUUUUUAACGCAUCAUAUUUCUCAAACUAUAACGCAUAAAUUAUUAAGAAAUAAUAUAUAACGAGUUCUGCUAAUGCUACUCUUUAUUUACAAUAGAUUUGUUGUCUUUUCCAACAAAAUCGACAAAAGACCAAGACGGAAAUCGCACAGAUCAAAGACGCUCUUUCGGCUCACCAAAGGUUCCACUGCUACAUCUAGUUGAGUUAAGGUUGCUUGAUCAAACUUUUGAGUCCUUUCCUCUUCGUUAACUAUUAUGUACUGUGAUACACUGACCUAAGUACAACACUAAGUGUUAUUUUACAAUCGCAAGUUUGUAUCUAGCAAUAGACAGUAUUUUUAAAUUGUUAAUGUUGUAAAUCACAAGAAUUUUUGUAAAUGUUCUCGAGGUGAAAGUUAGGUACACAACAUCUUAAGAAGUUUAUUGGUUUAAAAAAAUAUUAAACACAAAUUACAGUACAGUAACACACUUAUACAGAACUCAGUGAAGUAUAUAUAUCUACAUAUUAGACCGUAAGUUGGAAACCAAAAUAUUUAGCACAAAAUGUUACUUAACUUUUCACCUGACAUAUUUUUCCCAACUAUGUACAUACGUAUGGUGUGAUUUCAAAUAAACAAUGAAAGAUUA